AUGGCCUUCGAUUGGCCCAAAACCAAGAAGUGGAUGAAGGAGAAAUUGUGGAAAGCCCCCAAGGACCGCCUCAGGAAGAGGUUCAAGAAGGAGCCGAGGUUUGAUCCUCCUCCCUCUCCCGGGGGCGAAAGCUCCCAGUCAUCGCAAAUGACUUCCGCCCCAGUGAGCGUGCGCUCAUUCGACCCUUGGGGUGGUCUUGAAAGUCCCUUCAUAGGGCCCCCUAACAGGGCGUACUUGACUAAUGAAGAACUCGACGAGCGCUUGAUUGAGGCAAACAUCUGGCGUCCGUGGUCAAGCGCCUGUUAG